UGUGCCUGACUCUCUCCGUGUCUCCAUGUUCCUCAGGGUGUCUCCCCCUGGUGGUGACUUCUCGGAUCCUGUCACCUCGGCGACCCUGGGGAUUGUUCAGGUGUUCUGGGGUCUGGAUAAGAAGUUGGCACAGCAGAAACACUUCCCGUCUGUGAACUGGCUGAUCAGCUACAGUAAAUACACUCGUGCUCUCGAUGAGUACUACGAGAAGCAUUUCUCCGAGUUUGUGUCCCUCCGUACCAAAGCUCAGGAGAUCCUGCAGGAGGAGGAGGACCUGGCAGAGAUUGUCCAGCUGGUCGGCAAGGUGAGGAUGCACUGACUGACGCCGGCCCUUCCCGUGUCUGUUUGCGUCUGCCUGUGUCUGCGUGCUCUUUCUGCCUGUGCAUGUAUGCCUGGACUGUGCCUGUCUAUCUCUGUGUUUCUGUGCCUGUCUCCAUGCACUAUGCCUGUCUGUGCCUGUAUCUGUCUGUGCCUGUUUCCAUGCGCUGUGCCUGUA